AGGAAGAUCAUUGGUGUAGAUGGAUGUUUUUUAAAAGGACAAAUGAAGGGAGAGAUAUUGAGUGCUGUAGGUAGAGAUGCAAAUAACCAAAUGUAUCCAAUCGCAUGGGCUGUGGUUGAGAUAGAAAAUACCUCAUCUUGGACUUGGUUCUUGGAGUUGCUGCAUAAUGACUUGGAUGUUACUGCCCCAGAUGAGUGGACCUUCAUCAGUGAUCAACAGAAGGGCCUGGCUAAUGCAAUUACCAGAGUCUUCCCUAACUCUGAGCACAGGAACUGUGCACGCCAUAUUCAUGGUAAUUGGAGCAAAGCACAUCGAGGGAUGAAUCUGAAGAAGUUGUUUUGGCAGUGUGCGAAGUCAACAUGUGAACCUCAG